AUGACUGAUUACAAGAAGACAGCAAUCUUGUCCGUUUACGAUAAGACCGGUUUGUUGGACCUGGCUAAAGGUUUGGCCGAGAACAAUGUCCGUAUCCUUGCUUCUGGUGGUACGGCCCGUAUGGUUCGUGAAGCCGGCUUCCCCGUGGACGACGUCUCGUCCAUUACGCAUGCUCCUGAGAUGCUGGGUGGGAGAGUGAAGACGUUACAUCCAGCAGUCCAUGGUGGUAUAUUGGCUAGAAAUCUGGAGAGUGAUGAAGAAGAUUUGAAGAAGCAAAAUAUCGAUAAGGUAGACUUCGUGGUUUGUAACUUGUAUCCUUUCAAGGAAACCGUUGCUAAGGUGGGCGUCACUGUGGCGGAAGCCGUGGAGGAGAUUGAUAUUGGUGGUGUGACGCUUUUGAGAGCCGCUGCCAAGAACCAUGCCAGAGUGACCAUCCUGUCCGAUCCGCUUGAUUACUCCACUUUCCUUUCUGAGUUGAGCCAGGAUGGCGAAAUUUCGCAGGAAUUGAGAAACAGAUUGGCUUUGAAGGCAUUUGAACACACUGCUGAUUAUGACGCAGCCAUCUCUGAUUUCUUCAGAAAACAGUAUUCCGAAGGUGUGGCUCAAUUGCCGCUACGUUACGGUGCUAACCCACAUCAAAAGCCAGCUCAGGCUUAUGUCUCUCAGCAGGAUAGCUUACCUUUCAAGGUUCUUUCAGGCUCUCCUGGCUACAUCAACCUCUUGGACGCUUUGAACUCUUGGCCUUUGGUUAAGGAAUUGUCGGCCUCUUUGAACUUGCCAGCUGCCGCUUCUUUCAAGCAUGUCUCCCCAGCUGGUGCUGCCGUGGGUGUCCCAUUGUCGGAUGUGGAGAAGCAAGUUUACUUCGUCUCUGAUAUCGAGAACUUGUCACCAUUGGCAGCUGCUUACGCCAGGGCUCGUGGUGCUGAUAGAAUGUCCUCAUUCGGCGACUGGAUCGCUCUAUCCAACAUUGUCGAUAUCCCAACCGCCAAGAUCAUCUCUAGAGAAGUCUCCGAUGGUAUCAUCGCUCCAGGCUUCGAACCAGAAGCUUUGGAAAUCCUGAAGAAGAAGAAAGGUGGCAAGUACUGUGUCUUGCAGAUCGAUCCAAACUACAUCCCAGAAUCGAUAGAGACAAGGCAGGUCUACGGGGUCAACUUGCAACAGAAGAGAAACGACGCAAUCAUCAACAAAUCUUCCUUCCGCGAAAUCGUCUCUGCUAACAAAAACUUGACUGAACAAGCCGUAAUUGACUUGACUGUGGCUACCAUCGCUCUUAAGUACACUCAAUCCAACUCUGUUUGUUACGCAAAGAAUGGUAUGGUGAUCGGCUUGGGUGCUGGUCAACAAUCUAGAAUUCACUGUACAAGAUUGGCUGGUGAUAAAGCUGAUAACUGGUGGUUCAGACAACAUCCAAGAGUCUUGGGCAUCAAAUGGGCUAAGGGCGUUAAGAGACCAGAAAAAUCAAACGCUAUUGAUUUGUUUGUCACUGGUCAAAUCCCAACCGAAGAACCAGAGAAGUCCGAAUACGAAUCCAAAUUCGAAGAGAUCCCGGCUCCUUUCACCCCAGAAGAGAGAAAGGAGUGGUCUUCCAAAUUGACCAACGUUUCAUUGUCCUCUGACGCUUUUUUCCCAUUCCCAGACAACGUCUACAGAGCCGUUAGAUCUGGUGUUAAAUACAUUGCUGCUCCUUCUGGCUCUGUCAUGGACAAGGCUGUCUUUAGCGCUGCGGAUUCCUUCAAUCUAGUCUACGUGGAGAAUCCAAUUCGUUUGUUCCACCAUUGA